GUGAGUCUUAACUAGUCAAUUUAAUAAAUAUCAUUGUGGAAAUCCCCUAUCCUCAAUUAUUAUUAUUUGAAUGCUGCUUUUCUUUGACUCCUAAGUAGCAAAAGUGGGUUCUUGAUACGAGCACACGUCCCUUCGGAGAUCGUUGUUUGCGCGACACUUCCACCUCAGUUGAUCACCUGUGAUUUAUUUAUAUACCCCCAUUUCUCCUUGGGACUUUCGUUUUUUGCCUUCGGUACCUUGCAAUAGUGCAUAUUCUGUUCUUCAUCUGCUGGUCACGUCCGUUGUCGCAAUCGCAUAUCAGACGAGCAAUAACCCGAGAUAUUGGUAAUUCAGACGGCAUAUAUAUCAGCAGGGGAGGUAUCUUACUGUAACAAGUGAGCAGCAUUGCAUCCUAAAUUGCAAUGGCAUCCGGACAACCAACAGGCGCUUCUGCGCCCACCUCAAACGUUAACUCCCCAGGGGGGACACCAUCCUUUUAUGGUGCAGGUCUAGACUUGAACCCAGGUUCCUCACCGGCUCCUCCCAGCAAUGCAUCAGUCCAGCUCGACACGAAAUCAAAGCGCAACAAACGUGAUAGUCGCAAGAAGCGAGAAGCCAAGGGUCUAGACCAGGAAAGCGUACCACCACCAAAGAAGAAAAGCGCUGUCGUUCAGAGCAUUGCGCUCCCAAGCUCUGAUCUCAGUAUACUCAGGCCUUUACUCCUUGCCGAACCCAAACAUUCAGACUUAUUACCGCCGCAGCCCCGGCAGAUGAAUCACGUGACCCGGAAGUCAUCGAGCUCAAACAGUCAGCAAUGGGACUUUUAUGAAGUGGUGGAUAAACUUACAAAUAAGAAUGGUUUCCGCUAUAGCUAUGCCAUAGCUGACCCAGGGUUUCCGCAUAUCAAGUACCGCCAGACCGAUCUUCACCCAUAUUAUGCACGUUUCAGCUUUGAAGAUUCUCCCGCUGCGAUCCAUUUCUCCAAAGAUGCCCUUGCUGUUACUACCCCCGAGCCAUGGCAUACUGCACGGGCAAAUGUAUGCGCGCGCGAGGGGACAUAUUAUUACGAGGCACGUAUCAUAAGUGGUGUGGUCAACGACCCUCAAGCACCACCCACGAAUGGAAAAGCCAAGCCACCGUCAAGAGGUCACGUUCGCCUCGGGUUUGCACGACGAGAAGCUGAUCUUGACGUGAAUGUCGGCGUUGAUUGCUAUGGGUAUGGGAUUCGCGAUGUGAACGGGGAGGUAGUCAAUCGAAUGCGCUGCGAGCACCUUUUCCCCAAGGGCGAGUCCAUCCGUGAAGGCGAUGUAAUUGGCAUGCUCAUUACCCUCCCAUCAUUGUCCCUUCACAGGAAGAUUGUGGAAGGCACAUAUGACCCUGCAGUUGAUGGCAGUGCCUCGGCACAAUACUCGGAACAUCCUUACAGUUCCAACAUCAUCCGUGACCGUAUACCCUUCCAUUACAAAAAUGACUUCUGCUGGCAGCAAUCAAAUGUAUUCCCAACAAAACAUCUCCGUGAUUAUGCCUAUAACCUGAAAGACAUACCCAGUCAGGGACCUCCAUCACCUUUGAACAGUGAAGAUGCUUCAAUGCGCACGCUGCCAGGAUCUAACAUCACAAUAUUCAAAAAUGGCAUCAAAAUGGGCACGCCAUUCAAAGAAUUAUAUACUUUCCUCCCACCUGCUAGUCGUCUCGCAAACGGCACCAAUAACCUGGGCCUAGGGGAGCGGGAAAACGCAGACGAUGGGAUGAUUGGAUACUAUCCCGCGGUUAGUUGCUACGGCGGAGGUGCGGUCGAAUGUCGCUUCGAGAGUCCGUGGUGGUUUGGUCCACCAUCCAAGACCGAGAAUGGUGAGCCCGUGCGGCCCAUGGGUGACCGGUUCAAUGACCAGAUUGUCGAAGACGUCAUGGCAGACAUCAUUGACGAAGUCGAGGCUAUGAUGGUCUGGGGCGGCGUGGAUGGAGAUGUCGUUGGGAACGCGCGGAUGGACAGCACUGAGUCCGGCGCCGUUGGUGGCUCGGAGGUCUUGAAGGGCGGAGUUGGGGCUGCGUUUGAAUCGGCAGGAUCUACGGGUGGUAAUAACACUCCGGCGACGGCGGUGGUUUAUGGGGCGCCAGGACAUACUGCCUUCGACGUCAUGGAUUCGGGGGCAACAGAUACACUGAAUGUGGAGGUGUCAGACGCGAAGGUUGAAGAUACUGCUGUUGAUCAGGACGUUGAGAUGUCUUGAUCAAUCCAUUUUUACUUGGAUAUUGCAUCUACUUGGGCCAGGCCCGCGUUUUAUAUGGCUUGAAUACCGCUGAAUAAAGAUCUGAAUAAUUAGUGCAUCUGACGUCUUUCCUAAUC